AUGGAGCCGCUUCGAGAGGCAAAGAUCGUCAGUCGAGUGGAGGUUGAUGAAUGCUUCCAUGAAGGUGACGUGCCAGUGGUACUUGUGGAUGCGGUGCCCAGCGUUAAAGGAUGGAAGGGCCGUGCCUUGCCACGGAUGCUGCGAUUGAACGACAUCAUGGACUCCCUUCAGCUGCGGUGCAAGUUGGCUGCAGCCGAAGAUCCUUGCAUUUCUUCCAGCCGCAAUUCCCCGAAAUUCCUGCGCUACGGGCUGGCUGCACCUGCAACAGCCAUCGUCCUUGGAGCAUGGAGAGAGGGACUUGACAUCACCUUCCGCGGCGUUUCGCCAGAGUUGUUGCGCUCUCUGGACUUGGUGGGCUACCUGUCAAUCCCAGGCGACAUCAUCCUCGAUGCGAUGCCUCAAGAGAUGUUGCCACCGGGACCUGACUUUGCAUGCGCCAUGCUGGGUGAAGGUGCAGACCUCUUCCUUUGCCGACCUCCCAUCAUUUGCGGGCACAGCAUCUCUGUCUUGGCUGGCCAGCUGACGGUUCGUCUGUUGCCACCCACUUGUGAGAUUCCGAGUGAUGCGUUGAUUGGGGACUUGGGAGCCUCGCUUUCACAGUGCAAUUUGUUUGGGCCACGGAGCCAGGGGAGUGACGGAGCCAUGGAAGCUGAGCUUGGAGCAGGUGAUGUGCUGCUGAUCCCCCCAGCCUGGUGGCAUCAAUGCUUGGACCGCCAAGGAGCUACGGCCUUGGCGGUGAAACCGUACCUGAACAAGGAAAUGAUCAGUGCAGCGUGGCAAGAAGUCUCUAGAAUGCUGAACUUGGAUCAGGCGACCCCCGAUGCCAAAGUGUUGUGUAAGACCUUGAACGAUCGGAGGUGUCUGCAGCUUGGAACCGGUGCUUGGCCCUUCUGGCCCUCGAAGGAUCCGAAGGACAGCGACGAUCGUUUGCGAAGUGCGUUGGAGGAUCAGCCUGGCUUCGUGUACAGCGGCAUGGUGCUGCCUUCGGAGGUGGAUCUUUGGAGCAAUGAAGACUUCCAGAGGUUUGUGGCAACCGCUGGCUUCAUUGCCCCCUCGCCUGAGCGCCGCGGUCAGCGUGCGAAGUUAAGGACGGCGCCGGCAAGACUACGGGAGUGGUUGGAGACACCCAUUGACGCUGAAGGCCAGCUCCCAGGUGGAGAGGCGCCCAAAGUGAUUUGGAUGUAUUGGGCACAAGGUUGUCAGCAACUGACCGGCUUCAGGCGUCUUUGUGUGCACAGUUGGGGAGCUCAAAAUCCUGAUUGGCAGGUCAUCAUCCUUGACAAGGACAGCGUCUGGCGUUAUGUCGAUACCUCUGAGCUGCCCAAAUGCUACAAGGAACUUCCAGCCGCGCAACAAUCUGAUGCAUUGCGACUGGCGCUGCUGGCGAAAUAUGGUGGGGUCUACACCGAUGUGGCGACCAUCUGCCUUCAGCCGCUCAAGGACUGGCUGUGGGACAAAGUGUGUGAUGGCCCACUUGAAAGAGGACUAGGUGCUUGGUACUUGGCGUGCUUUGGUAUGGAGCCGGGAGUGAGCAAGGAAUACGUUGAAAAUUGGUUUCUGGCUGCCCGCAGACGUCAUCCUCUGAUGGUGGCCUGGAGGGACUUGUACAAUGCUGGCUGGGAAGAUGCCAGGACUCGACAUGAAUAUCCUCUUGGGCCUCUCUUCCAGAAUGUGGAUUUGUCGCACAUAUCGAUUGCUGAGCAUCGAGAUUGGCUUCUUAUGCAUGUCUGCUUCAAGAAGCUGAUCGACGAAAACCCCGAGCUCAGGUGCCCACAUCGAUGGUGA